AGCGGCGGCGCGAGUGCGGCGCGCGGUCCGAGUACCACUACGAGUACACGGCGUGCGACAGCUCGGGAUCGCGCUGGAGAGUGGCCGUGCCGCACACGCCGGGGCUGUGCACCGGGCUGCCGGACCCCGUCAAGGGCACCGAGUGCUCCUUCUCCUGCAAGGCGGGCGAGUUCCUCGACAUGAGGGCACAGGCGUGCAAGCCCUGCGCCGAGGGCACCUACUCGCUGGGCACCGGCGUCCGCUUCGACGAGUGGGACGAGGUGCCCCGCGGCUUCGCCAACGUCGCCACCAACCUGGAGGUCGACGACGGCUUCGGCGACCCGGUGGAGAACUGCACGGCGUCCACGUGGGUGCCGCUGGGGGACUACAUCGCCUCCAACACGGACGAGUGCACGGCCACCCUCAUGUACGCCGUCAGCCUCAAGCAGCCGGGCACCGUCUCCUUCGAGUACAUCUACCCCGACAGCAGCAUCGUCUUCGAGUUCUUCGUGCAGAACGACCAGUGCCAGCCGGCGGCGGAGGAGUCGCGCUGGAUGCGCACCACGGAGAAGGGCUGGGAGUUUCACAGCGUGGAGCUGAGCCGCGGCAACAACGUGCUCUACUGGCGCACCACCGCCUUCGCCGUGUGGGCCAAGGUGCCCAAGCCCGUGCUGCUGAGGAACGUGGGCAUCACAGGCGUCGCCUACACCUCCGAGUGCUUCCCCUGCAAACCGGGCACCUUCGCCGCCGCCGCCGGCUCGUCCUCCUGCCGGCUCUGCCCCGCCGACACCUUCUCCGGCAAGGGAGCCACGGCGUGCCAGCCCUGCGAGGCGGCCGCCUACGCGGAGCCCGGCUCGGCCGCCUGCAAGCUGCGCCCGCCCUGCACGGCCGAGGACUACUUCUACACGCACAGCGCCUGCGACGGCAGCGAGGAGACCCAGCUCACUUUCAAGUGGGCAGAGCCCAAGAUCUGCAACGAGGAGCUGCCGCAGGCGGCCAAGCUGCCCCCGUCGGGGGUAAAAACCAAGUGCCCCCCCUGCAACCCCGGCUUCUUCAAAAGCAACGGCAGCGCCUGCGAGCCCUGUCCCUACGGCUCCUACUCCAACGGCUCCGGCUGCGCGCGCUGCCCGGCCGGCACCGAGCCGGCGCUGGGCUUGGAGUACAAGUGGUGGAACACGCUGCCCCCCAACAUGGAGACCACGGUGCUCAGCGGCGUCAACUUUGAGUACAAGGGGAUGGCAGGCUGGGAGGUGGCCGGCGACUACGUCUACACGGUGGCGGGAGCCUCCGAUAACGACUUCAUGAUCCUCACGCUGGUGGUGCCGGGGUUCAGCCCGCCGCCGCUGCCGCCGGAGGACGCCGAGAGCAAGGAGGUGGCCAGGAUCACCUUCGUCUUCGAGACGGUCUGCAGCGUCAGCUGCGAGCUCUACUUCAUGGUGGGCGUCAACUCGCGCACCAACACGCCGGUGGAGACCUGGACGGGCGCCAAGGAGAAGCGGUCCUACACCUACGUGGUGGAGAAGAACGCCACGACGAGCUUCACCUGGGCCUUCCAGCGCACGCCCUACCACGAGGCGGGCCGGCGGUACACCAGCGACGUGGCCAAGCUCUACUCGGUCAACGUGACCAACGUGCUGGGCGGCGUGGCCUCCUUCUGCCGCCGCUGCGCCCUGGAGCCGGCGGGCUCGUCCUGCGCCGCCUGCCCCCCCGGCCACUACGUGGAGCCGGGCUCGGGCGCCUGCCGGCCCUGCGCGCCCGGCACCUACCUGCGCGGCCGCCCGCCCGACGGCAGCCAGGCCUGCGGCCCCUGCGGCCCCGGCACCCAGAGCAACAAGGCGCGCUCCCUCUGCUACAACAACUGCAGCUUCUCCCUGGCGCUGCCGGGCCGCGCGCUGCGCUACGACUUCUCGGCGCUCUCCGCCCCCACGGCCUUCGCCAGCGGGCCCAGCUUCACCUCCAAGGGGCUCAAGUACUUCCAUCACUUCAACAUCAGCCUCUGCGGCAACCACGGGAGGAAGAUGGCCUCGUGCGCCGACAACGUGACGGACGCCCGCGCGCCCGCCGCCAAGCCCGGCUCCUCCAGGGCGGUCGCGUCCUACGUGUGCCAGUCCAUCGUGGUGCCCUCCGACGUCGUGGGCUACAAGAGCGCCGUGUCCUCGCAGCCCGUCAGCCUGGCCGACCGCCUCGUGGGCGUCGCCGCCAGCCCCACGCUGGACGGCAUCGUCUCGCCCCCCGAGCACUUCGCCCCCGCCGGCGCCGAGCUGCCCGACGUCGUCUUCUUCUACAGGUCCAGCGAGGUGACGCAGUCCUGCGGCGCCGGCCGGGCCACCGCCGUCCGCCUGCGCUGCAACCCGCUGCGGCCGGGCACCGGGACGCUGGCCGUGCCCAGCAAAUGCCCCGACGGCACCUGCGACGGCUGCACCUUCCACUUCCUCUGGGAGACGGCGGAGGCUUGUCCGCUCUGCUCGGCCGGCGACUACCGCGCCAUCGUCGGCGCCUGCCUCGGCGGCGUCCAGAGGACCACGUACGUGUGGCGGGAGCCCCGGCUGUGCCGCGGCGGCAGCGCCCUGCCCCAGCAGCAAGUCAGCGUCUGCAGGAGCGUGGACUUCUGGCUCAAGGUGGGCAUCUCGGCGGGCACCUGCGCCGCCGUCCUGCUCGCCGUCCUCGCCUGCUACUUCUGGAAGAAGAACCAGAAGCUGGAGUAUAAAUACUCCAAGCUGGUGAUGAACUCCACGGCCAAAGACAGCGAGCUGCCGGCCCCGGACAGCUGCGCCAUCAUGGAGGGGGAAGACGCCGAGGAUGACCUCAUCUUCGCCAGCAAGAAGUCCCUUUUCGGCAAGAUCAAGUCGUUCACGUCCAAGAGGACGCCGGACGGCUUCGACUCGGUCCCACUGAAGACGUCGUGCGGCAGCACGGACAUGGAGCUGUGAGGGGGGGGCAGAGGCCCCGUGGCGCCCCCGCCGAGCCCCCAACCUCCCACGUGGCCUUACGGAUACACGGCGAGCCGGAGCUUCGUAUCGCUUUUAUACACCCCUGCCCGGAAAGCCUCCCCCGCCCAGCGAGACAGAGAGAAAAGCCAAGAAAUGCCAAAUACAGGUGUGGGUUUUUUUUUAAAAAAAAAAAAAUGCCGCAUUUGCCCGUCCAUCCCGGCGCUGCCGGAGGGGAUGGGGUGGCGGCGAUGUCCCCCGACAUAGCUGCCCCAGUGCUGGGGUGCCCUAGGGAGGGCAGGCCCCCUCCCCCCCGCCUCUGCCCCCCACCCCGUGCUGUGGGCGAGGUGGCACACGUGUGUGCACGUGCAUGUGUGUGUAAGCGUGUGCAGGUCGCGUGCACAUGCUGAUGGUGUGCGUGCGUGUCCAUGCAUGAGGGCGUUGCGUGUGCGUGCACGCAGGGGCCGGCAGCGUGUGCGUGCGUCCGCGUGCACGCAUAGGUGUGUCCCCCCGUUUGUGUGUGUGCAUGCGCACACACGUGUUUAUUUGCAUGCAUGCGUACCCAGGCGUGCAUGCGCACACGCGUGUGCGAGUUCCUGGCUGUGGCUGCCCCUCGCUGCGCUGCGUAGCCUUGGGCUCCGUAGGUCUCAGCUCGGUCUGACCACCGCACCGGGGGAAUUGCCAGUUGGGGCGAUCCUGCCCCAAACUGGGUGCCCGUUGGUGGGCGUCCACGGAGCCCCGAGCCAGGCUGCCAGCUGGCGCGCACCGCGCACGGCCGCCGUAACGCAGCCGAAGCCUGUUCCCCCAGUGCCAGCGAGCGGCAGCGCCCAGCUUGGGCUGUGUGGGGCACCCAGCGUCCCACCAGGGUCCCUGCUGCCGCCCCCCUGCCUGGCACAGCCCCCGUCGCCCUGGCACGAGCCGUGACCGCCCGCCCGGAGCAAGGGUCCCAGCAGCUCCGGCAUCCCGUCCGGCGGCUCGGCCGGGUCCCUGGCACACCGCGCGCAGCCGUGGCACGGUCCCAGGCCUGCAAGCUCAGCGUCCCGGGGGCUCUGGCGGGGCGUUUCCGCGCAGUCCAGCUCGGGGACGAGCCCCAGCCUCAGUUUCUGACCCCGCAGGCUCCCUUUUUACACCGUUUUCAGCGUUUUCUAGGUUGUGCCAGGGAGGAACCGCAUGUC